AUGGUGGACUCGACGACCGUCGACUACCUUCAUUCGCCAGGCUACCGAGGCAACCUCACACCGUCGCAGACGCUGGCAUUGUUCAAACUUUGGCGUCGCUUCCUCCGACUGUGCGAGAUCACAUCGCACUCUUCCGACUCUAUCGGCGCCGCUACCGAUAUUCCGCAACCCACCGCGGCCUCGCGCAGCUCGUCGGAUUCACUUAGGCGCAGCCUCGGUCGAAGGGCACGCGCAGCGGCUUCGGAACCGGUCUCGCACAGCUCGUCUGCGUCCGUAUCUCAUGAGAACCUGCAGGCAGCGGGGCGUCUCGAUCCCAACGCCAUCCCUAAGGAUGACAAGCUCAAGGAGCAUCUGCGCCAUCUCGAAGAGAGCAAGGACAUGCAGGCUUUCCUGCUCAAGUACGGCGGCGCAGCAUUGCGGCGCGAGUUCUGGGCCAUCGUCAAGGGCGAGCAUCCGGACGCUUACAUGCUCCGGUGUCUGCGCGCACGCAAGUGGGACGUCGACCGUGCCCUGGCCAUCAUCGGUUCCACCUGCGCGUUUCGUGUGCAGUACAACAUUUCGGGCAUCAUGAAAGACGCCGAGCUCGGACUGACUAAAACGCGUGGUGGAUUCAACAUUAUGAACAACGGCAUUUCCUACGUUCGAGGAGCCACAGCUGCGGGCGAGCCUGUCUACUUCAUCGAGGUGGGUUCGCACUACUCGUCGAACCAGACAGCAGAGGAGCUCAAGCGAGGCGUCAUCUUGCUGCAGGAGAGCUUGCAGCUGCUCAUGCCCCCACCCGUCGAGCGCAAGGUGGUCAUUUUCAAUCUCAACAACUUUGGCAUCCGCAACAUGGACUGGAGCAUCGUGCUCUUCAUGGCCAAGACCAUGGAGUCGUUCUAUCCCGAGACGUUGGCGCGCGUCUACGUGCACGGCGCGCCCUGGAUCUUCAAACCCAUCUGGAGUAUCUUGCGUCCGCUGCUGGAUCCGGUCGUCAGGGAUAAAGUCCAUCUUACGUGGAAGGUAGAGGAGUUGCAGGAUCAUGUGCCAGCAGAGCAUCUGCCAAAGGACAGCAUGCAUGGACAACUCGACUGGUGUUUCAGCUAUCCGGCACCGAGCGAGGACGAGAAUGACAUUCAGAAGGAUACGGAGAAAGCGGAAGAGCUGGACACUUCAUAUCGAAACGCAUGCAUCGAGUUUGAGUAUGCGACGCGUGCGCUUGCACGUGCAUACGGGGAUGCUGCGCUCGCCGAUGCCCAGGGGAACGGAGUGCGGCCCAAGUUCGGGCGUGCGCACAAGGACGGCUCAACGCCUACCGAGGGGUGGGAGGACGACGAUGACUGGGAGCCCGAAGGCGUGGCGAGCCUGCGUGCGAACCGCGACAUCUUGGCGACCAAAGUGCGAGUUGCUUGGCUCAGGCUCAAACCUUAUGUGGUCGGCACGCUCAAGUACGAUCGAUUAGGUGUUCUGGACAGGGAGGGCGUGAUCCGAUGGAAGUACGACACUAUCGAUGGCAAACACGAGGAGCAGGUGCUGGGCGAAGGGACGUCGCUUUCGGCGCUGGAGCGCAACCUGGCGGAACUGGAUGCCAUCAAUGCGCAGACCCAGACCAAGGGUAGUGGCGCCGCUACGGCCAAGACGCAUGCUUCACGGUCUCGCUUGAACGAGGGUAGCGGCGCAGGGCGAUCGCCGCUGCACAACGGCGGCUCUCACACCAACGGGAGCAAAGCAGCAAUGGCAACUACGACACCAGCGCAAGCUCCGCUGACGACCGCCUCGACCGCCAUGGCCAGCUCGACGGCGCACGAACGCCCGUCGACAGGAGAGGCAGAAGGCAGACCUAGCUCGGCAGCCAUGACUGCGAUAUCUAGGAUGGACAGCACGACCGACAGCGCAUUCCAGGAGGCUAUCCCCAUUCAUCCGAGUUUGUUGGAAAAGUUGGGCAAGGCGCGCGAUGCUGAUGCCGAGGUGGCCGAAUUGCCCAAGACCUAG